CCGGAAACCCGGCGGCGCGCGGACUUUUCGGCCGCAGCCCUGGAUUUAAAGGGGCCGCGUCGCCCCAAAACAAAAAAAAAAAGAAGACGACGCCGGGAUGUCCCGUCGGGCGAAGGAGGAGUUUCACCGCUCCUACGCGGUCAGCGACCCCCGCAGCCACCCCAAAGGCUACACCGAGUACAAAGUCACGGCCAAAUUUGUCUCGAAGACGAAUCCGGAUGACAGCAAGGAGAUUGUGGUCUGGAAGAGAUACAGCGACUUUAAGAAGCUGCACGCGGACCUGGCCUACACCCAUCGCAACCUCUUCCGCCGCAUGGAGGAUUUCCCCUCUUUCCCGCGGGCUCAGGUCUUCGGCCGAUUUGAGCCCGAAGUGAUUGAAGAACGGAGAAAAGCGGCGGAAGACAUGCUGCACUUCACCGUACAUAUCCCGGCUUUAAAUAACAGCCCCCAGCUGAAGGAAUUCUUCCGGGGCGGGGAGGGGCAGAGCGGUCCCAGGCAAUGGGAGUCGCCUCCGCUGCCCCUCCCUCUCAUCCCAGUGCCCGCGGCGGGAGUCGAGCAGGGCGAGGAGGCUCUGGGCCUGGUUCAGGAUGAUGGGCUGCUGCUGGACCCGAAGCCGGAGGCGGCCUGCAAAGAUGGUGUCUCCGAGCCCCGAAUGGAGAACCAAGAGGGGGCCUCUGACGCUGUGCAGCAAGAGGAAGACCUGGAUGCCCUCUUUGGCUCCCGGGAGGAAGACGAGGAAGAAGAAGGCAAGAACGACUCGCCUUCUCACUGCCUCUUAUCGGUCCAAGAAUUAGCCCUCUUUGACCCCUUCUCCAAAAAAGCUUCUACUGCCACCGUUCUCUCCCACGGAGAAGGUCUGGCUUCUCUGGAGGCCUCAGAGACCAGACCGGAACUCCUCCUCAGCGCAGACACGACGCAGAAACCCGAGGCAGAAGGUACCACGUUGGAUCCCGGCAGGUAUCUGCCCCAAGCGACGGAGAGGAUCCGACAAGCUGUGUUGUGCGAAGCGUCCAAGGACUACCAAGGUGCCUUUCACGGCUACCGCAGCGGAGUUGACUUGCUCCUUCAAGGUCUGCAAGGUACGUUGAGUUGGGUAGGUGGGUCUCUUCGGCUUCUGGGAUUUUUUUUCCAAUCUGGAGAGAAGUUUGAUCCCUGGAGAAGCGCCGAGUGCAGCUGGAACCAAAGUCUAAUCCAGGCAGCAACUGUUCUUGGCUGCUCCAUCUUGCAGCAAUCCUGGUUUGAGUUUGAUGUGUGAAUACGGCUACUGAACCAACAGGCUAGGUUGGUGCAAUAGGCAAAACCUAAGGCAAAAAUCAUUAACUAAGGUCCACACUUAACCAAGUUUAUUUAUUUAUUUAUUUAUUUAUUUAUUUAUUGAUCACAUUUGUAUACCGCCCUAUCUCCCGAGGGACUCAGGGCGGUUAACAGGCAUAUAAAAAGGACAUAUAAAUACAGAUUAAAACACAAAUAAAAAACUUAUUCUAACCAGCCUGAUUACCAAAACCAAUUAAAAUCAAUAUAAAAUUUAAAAUUUCAAAAAUUUAAAAAACUAAAAAAAACAAAAACAAAAAAAAACUAAAAAAAAAAAAAGUUUAUUGUGUGGUACAAGCGUAGCUGCUUCGUCUUUUACCAAUUCUGGUUUGAGUGUGUGGUUUGAAAGUGGGCAGGAGAAGGCAGUUCUUAAAAGCCGGUCGCCUGUAACCGGUAGUCCUCGACUUACAACAGUUCAUUUAGUGACCGCAGUUACAACGGCACUAAAAAAAAGUGACUUAGGACUAUUUUUCACACGAGGGAAGACCGUCGUAGCAUCCCCGCAGUUGUCGCAGGAUUUGCAUUUGGAUGCCCGACAACUGACUCACAUUUAUGACGGUCGGACUGCGUCCCCGGGGUCACAUGAUCUGCUUUUGCAACCGUCUGACAAGCGAAGUCAAUGGGGGAGGGGGCUGGAUUCACUUAACAACCUGGUUACAACCAUGUUCCUAAUUUAAACAGCUGCGACGACUCACUCGACAAAGGUGGCACGGAAAGUUGUAAAAAAGGGGGGUAAAACCCACUUAACGAAUGUCUCGUUUAACAACAUACAUUUUCGACUCCAUUGUGGUUGUAAGUCGAGAAUUAUCUGUAUUUUGCUAAAUGCUUCAAGCUGCUCUUUUGACAUUUUGGGUUGUUGUUUUUUUGCUGGCCGGA